AUGAGUUUAAAAGUGAAAGAAACCAUUUCGACUCAACUAUCUUCAGUAAAACAUUUUUCUCUGGAAAUUGAUUCUACUCAAGAUGUAGCAGUGAUAGAUCAAUUAUGUAUUUGUUUGAAGUAUGUAUUUAACGGUAAGGCUGAGGAACGUGUACUAGCAUUGAUACCACUAGAAUCAGGAAAAGGUGUGUUCACCAAUUCACGAAAAUAA